UGCAAGUUUUCUUCCUUGGAGCUUCCCGCAGGUGGGCAGCUAGCUGCAGAUACUACAUCAUCAGUCAGUAGAACUCUUCAGAGCAAGAGAAGAGGAGGCAGGAUAAGGGAAUUCUGUGGAAGCUACAGACAAGCUCAAGGAUGGAGGUGCAGUUAGGGCUGGGAAGGGUCUACCCACGGCCCCCGUCCAAGACCUAUCGAGGAGCGUUCCAGAAUCUGUUCCAGAGCGUGCGAGAAGCGAUCCAGAACCCGGGCCCCAGGCACCCUGAGGCCGCUAGCAUAGCACCUCCCGGCGCCUGUUUACAGCAGCGGCAGGAGACUAGCCCCCGGCGGCGACGGCGGCAGCAGCAUACUGAGGAUGGCUCUCCUCAAGCCCACAUCAGAGGCCCCACAGGCUACCUGGCCCUGGAGGAGGAACAGCAGCCUUCACAGCAGCAGUCAGCCUCCGAGGGCCACCCUGAGAGCCGCUGCCUCCCCGAGCCUGGGGUGGCCACGGCUCCUGGCAAGGGGCUGCCGCAGCAGCCACCAGCUCCUCCAGAUCAGGAUGACUCAGCUGCCCCAUCCACGUUGUCCCUUCUGGGCCCCACUUUCCCAGGCUUAAGCAGCUGCUCCGCUGACAUUAAAGAUAUCCUGAGCGAGGCCGGCACCAUGCAACUUCUUCAGCAGCAGCAGCAGCAACAGCAGCAGCAACAGCAGCAGCAGCAACAGCAGCAGGAGGUAAUAUCCGAAGGCAGCAGCAGCGGCGCGAGAGCAAGGGAGGCCACUGGGGCUCCCUCUUCCUCUAAAGAUAGUUACCUAGGGGGCAAUUCGACCAUAUCUGACAGUGCCAAGGAGUUGUGUAAAGCAGUGUCUGUGUCCAUGGGAUUGGGUGUGGAAGCACUGGAACAUCUGAGUCCAGGGGAACAGCUUCGGGGAGACUGCAUGUACGCGUCGCUCCUGGGAGGUCCACCCGCGGUGCGUCCCACUCCUUGUGCGCCGCUGGCCGAAUGCAAAGGUCUUCCCCUGGACGAAGGCCCGGGAAAAGGCACUGAAGAGACUGUUGAGUAUUCCUCUUUCAAGGGAGGUUACGCCAAAGGGUUGGAAGGUGAGAGCCUGGGCUGCUCUGGCAGCAGUGAAGCAGGUAGCUCUGGGACACUUGAGAUCCCGUCCUCUCUGUCUCUGUAUAAGUCUGGAGCAGUAGACGAGGCAGCAGCAUACCAGAAUCGGGACUACUACAACUUUCCACUGGCUCUGUCCGGGCCGCCGCACCCCCCGCCCCCUACCCAUCCACACGCCCGCAUCAAGCUGGAGAACCCGUUGGACUACGGCAGCGCCUGGACUGCGGCGGCAGCGCAAUGCCGCUAUGGGGACUUGGCUAGCCUACAUGGAGGGAGUGUAGCCGGACCCGGACCCAGCACUGGAUCGCCCCCAGCCACCGCCUCUUCUUCCUGGCAUACUCUCUUCACAGCCGAAGAAGGCCAAUUAUAUGGGCCAGGAGGCGGGGGCGGCAGUAGCAGCCCAAGCGAUGCUGGGCCUGUAGCCCCCUAUGGCUACGCUCGGCCCCCUCAGGGGCUGGCAAACCAGGAGGGUGACUUUUCUGCCUCCGAAGUGUGGUAUCCUGGUGGAGUUGUGAACAGAGUACCCUAUCCCAGUCCCAGUUGUGUCAAAAGUGAAAUGGGACCUUGGAUGGAGAACUACUCCGGACCUUAUGGGGACAUGCGUUUGGACAGUACCAGGGACCACGUUUUGCCCAUCGACUAUUACUUUCCACCCCAGAAGACCUGCCUGAUCUGUGGAGAUGAAGCCUCUGGCUGUCACUAUGGAGCUCUCACAUGUGGCAGCUGCAAGGUCUUCUUCAAAAGAGCUGCUGAAGGGAAACAGAAGUAUCUAUGUGCCAGCAGGAAUGAUUGCACCAUUGAUAAAUUUCGGAGGAAAAAUUGUCCAUCUUGUCGUCUCCGGAAAUGUUAUGAAGCAGGGAUGACUCUGGGAGCUCGUAAGCUGAAGAAACUUGGAAAUCUAAAACUACAGGAGGAAGGAGAAAAUUCCAGUGCUAGCAGCCCCACUGAGGACCCAUCCCAGAAGAUGACUGUGUCACACAUUGAAGGCUAUGAAUGUCAGCCUAUCUUUCUUAAUGUCCUGGAAGCCAUUGAGCCAGGAGUGGUGUGUGCAGGACAUGACAACAACCAGCCUGAUUCCUUUGCUGCCUUGUUAUCUAGCCUCAACGAGCUUGGUGAGAGGCAGCUUGUGCAUGUGGUCAAGUGGGCCAAGGCCUUGCCUGGCUUUCGAAACUUGCAUGUGGAUGACCAGAUGGCAGUCAUUCAGUAUUCCUGGAUGGGACUGAUGGUAUUUGCCAUGGGUUGGCGGUCCUUCACUAAUGUCAACUCCAGGAUGCUCUACUUUGCACCUGACCUGGUUUUCAAUGAGUACCGCAUGCACAAGUCUCGGAUGUACAGUCAGUGUGUGAGGAUGAGGCACCUGUCUCAAGAGUUUGGAUGGCUCCAGAUAACACCCCAGGAGUUCCUGUGCAUGAAAGCACUUCUCCUCUUCAGCAUUAUUCCAGUGGAUGGGCUGAAAAAUCAGAAAUUCUUUGAUGAACUUCGAAUGAACUACAUCAAGGAACUCGAUCGCAUCAUUGCAUGCAAAAGAAAAAAUCCCACAUCCUGCUCAAGGCGCUUCUACCAGCUCACCAAGCUCCUGGAUUCUGUACAGCCUAUUGCAAGAGAGCUGCAUCAGUUCACUUUUGACCUGCUAAUCAAGUCCCAUAUGGUGAGCGUGGACUUUCCUGAAAUGAUGGCAGAGAUCAUCUCUGUGCAAGUGCCCAAGAUCCUUUCUGGGAAAGUCAAGCCCAUCUAUUUCCACACACAGUGAAGAUUUGGAAACCCUAAUACCGAAACCCACCUUGUUCCCUUUUCACGUGUCUUCUGCCUGUUAUAUAACUCUGCACUACUUCUCUGCAGUGCCUUGGGGGAAAUUCCUCUACUGAUGUACAGUCUGUCAUGAACAUGUUCCGCAGUACUAUUUCCUGGGCUUUUCCGUCUUUCCUUCUCUUCUUCCUCUCUUUCACCCUCCCAUGGCACAUUUUGAAUCUGCUGCGCAUUGUGGCUCCUGCCUGUGUUUUGACUUCUGUUGUAUUUCUUUGAAUCUGUGAUGAUCCUCUUGUGGCCCAGUGUCAACUGUGCUUGUUUAUUGCACUGUGCUGUGUGCCAACCAAGCAAAUGUUUACUCACCUUAUGCCAUGGCAAAUUUAGAGAGCUAUAAGUAUCUGGGGGAAGAAACAAACAGAGAGAAUACAAAGAAAAAAAAAACAAAACCAACAAACAAAACAUUCUAGGUUUGUUUCUUCAUGGUAUACAAAUAAACACAUAGGAUUCCCAAAGAAGCCAACAGUGACUAGAAGAAAGUAAAAAAAAAAAAAAAAAAAAAAAA